CAGCUCAUCGUAUCCACCCAAUUUGAAUUUUGAUCAAGGCUCCGGACCCUCCAACACGACGGCACGACUCCCCCUUCCUCUUCUCUCACUCCACUCUCUCCUCUUUUCUCCUUCACCACUCCUCCUCCUCGCACUCCUCUUCCUAUCCUACACUCCCACUCUGUCCUCAAACCAUGGUAGUCAAGAAGAAGAAGAAGCAGACCGCCAAUGCAGCCGUUGCCAACAGAAGGCAAACCCUAAGGCGGUGUCGAUCGGCCAAGCAACCAGAAUUACAAGACAUCGAAGACUUGUUCAGCGAAGACGAGACCGAGAAAAUCAGGGAGGCUCUGCUGAAAUGGUACGGCCUCAACCGCAGAGACCUGCCUUGGAGAGAAGAAGAGGAAGACGUGGAGGUCAGAGUGUACAGGGUGUGGGUCUCGGAAGUCAUGCUUCAGCAGACUAGGGUUCAGACUGUGAUUCAGUACUUCAACCGUUGGAUGAGCAAAUGGCCCACCAUUCACAGCUUAGCUCAGGCUUCUCUUGAGGAGGUGAAUGAAAUGUGGGCUGGUUUGGGAUACUAUCGAAGAGCACGAUUUCUCUUAGAGGGAGCUAGGAAGAUUGUUGCAGAAGGAGAUCAGUUUCCUAAAACAGUUUCUCAGCUACUAAAAAUACCAGGAAUCGGAGACUAUACGGCUGGAGCGAUCGCCUCAAUUGCAUUAAAAGAGGCAGUUCCAGUGGUGGAUGGAAAUGUAAUAAGGGUGAUUGCUAGACUAAAGGCUAUUUCUGCCAAUCCAAAAGACUCUUUGACUGUCAAGAAAUUUUGGAAACUAGCAGCCCAAUUAGUUGACCCUUUCCAGCCUGGGGACUUCAAUCAGGCUCUAAUGGAGCUUGGUGCAACUGUAUGUACGCCAACAAGUCCAAGCUGCGGCACAUGUCCUGUAUCUGACCAAUGUUGUGCAUUGUCAAUAUCUAGGCAUGAUAGUUCAGUGGUGGUUACAGAUUAUCCAGUUAAGGUGGUAAAGACCAAACAAAGACAUGAUUUCUCUGCUGUAUGUGUUGUGGAAAUAUUGGGAGAUGAGGAAUCAUCAAACGGACACCAAAUCAACAAUAAGUUUCUUCUGGUAAAAAGGCCUGAUGAAGGGUUGCUUGCUGGCCUCUGGGAGUUCCCGUCUGUCUCAUUGGCUGGAGAAGUUGGAUUGGUUCCUAGGAGAAAGGCAAUUGAUCAAUAUUUGAAUAAGUAUUUCACACUUAACCCCAGAAAGACGUGUGACAUAGUUUCCAGGGAACAUGUGGGAGAAUAUGUCCAUGUUUUCUCUCAUAUUCGACUCAAGAUGUAUGUGGAAUCGUUGAUUUUACGUGUUGAAGGUGGGAUGAAUGACCUGGUUAGCAAGCAGGACAACGAAAUCGUGCCUUGGAAAUGUGUGGAUGCCGAGAUUCUUUCAAACAUGGGAUUGACAUCUGGUGUAAGAAAGGUAUACACUAUGGUUCAAAAGUUAAAGCAAGAAAAGUCGUCUUCUGAUCCUGCCUUGGACAUCAAGAAGAGAAAAAGGCCUUCAAUAAAGUAGUGUGUUUCCUCAACCACGACAUGCUGUGAUGGGCAACUGGAGGCUUAGUUUCUGACUUUCUCUGCUAAAAUGCAUUAUAGUUUUGGCCAGCAACAUGGAGAUACUAUCUGAGAGCGGGCAGGCCACCAUAGGUUAGGCUCUUAAAUCUCAUUCAUUUAAAAAUGAGAACUUUUGAAAUACUCCUUGUAUACACUGCGGAUCAAAUCUUUAUGAAAAAGGAAGAACAAGCCUCCAGUUUUUAGCAAGACACUAUAGUGGUUGACUAAAAGUUUUGAUUCUUAAAUAUACUUGCAACAGUGCAUGUCAUAUUCUUAGGUGCUGGGGGUUCAUUUCAUUUACUAGAUAGAACAAUAGCCUGAGUCACAUUUACUUGUGUGGAGCAGUUGGAUUGCUCAUUACAAUUUUA